UCGUAUGCCCCACUCUAGCAGUUGUCAAAAAUCCAAUAUUUUAUGGAAAUUAAUAGCAAAUUAUUUCUGUUCUUACUGUAAAAUUAUUCGUGAAAUUAAUGUAUUAAUAGAGUAAAUAAGGUUUUUAAAAAUUAUGGUGAAGCUAGCUUAAGUAUAUUUAGAGGUUCGGAAGCAUUCCGGAGUCGUAAAUCGUGAAUAAAAAUGGCGGGAAUAUGCUGUGUGGAUGGCUGUGAUCCUACAGCAGAGGAUGUCACCUACUUCAAGUUUCCAAACAGCCGUACUUUACGCCGCAAGUGGCUGGACGCGAUCAACAACUCAGUGAAGGUGACCCUGGACACAGCGGUCUGCAGUCGGCACUUUCUGCCCAACCAGUACGAGGUGAUACGCGGCAAGAAGAGACUCAAGGCGAAAGUAGUUCCCAGCGUGUUUGAUAACAUCACAAAGCCAACAUCUCCACAAAAAGAGAAAACGGAUUCCAGUGAUGGUGAAGAUUCAGUUCCCUUACAAAAAGUCAAAUCCGUUGCCACAGACAAUACAGAUACAGGACAGAGCAAACAAUCUCCAGACCAUAGACUUGAGGAUAGACAGGACAGUGAGGCUAGUGUGAGAAAUGGAGUUAAAGAAGAUGAUAUUGUGAAAAGAAAACAACCAGAUAUAGUAUCUAUAACCGACUCGGAGAGUAACAAAGACAUUGAAGACAUAAUAACACAUUACCAAAUCAAACAGAUUCGACCUUUGCACAAACCGACAGACAGGACCACCCCAGACAUGUCUAUAGAGAUUGAAGUGCCCCUUGCAAUGGACGGGGAAAUGGAAAUAGGGAGAAAUAGGGAAAUGGAAAUGGGGAGAAAUGGGGAAAUAGACGAUGUGAUUGAUGUGGAUGAAGAAGCGGAACCUGUGUUUAUUGAAGUUGCGGUUGGAAAAGGUCCAGGUGGUGGGGUAGAGGAGACGACCAAUGAGGACUGUAUGAUGCUCCUGGAGAGCGUCCAGUGCGAGGUGGAUCCCAGCUGCCUCAUGUUUCCCCCAGAAGAUCCCGGGAACGACCCCGGGGACGACGCGGGGAAUGACUCCGAUGUCAUAGACUUGGGGGAGAAAAAAGAAGACCCAGUCAGCCUGCUAACUUCAAGCGAUGAAGACGAAGUGAUCAUCGAAGAACCCAAAUACGACAUGGUCGAAGUGUCCGACGAGACCGACGAGGACGACGUACCGCUCGUCAGACUCGUCGACAAACCGAGCCAAAACAAAUUCCCGAAAAAUACGAAAAACACAGAUAUACUAUCGGAAACAAACUUGACUAAACUUCUAUGGGGACGACUCUGCGAAUACUACUGUUUAGAGUGCCGGUUCACUUCCACCAGCAACGCUGAGCUGAGGAAACAUAUGCAGGAGCAUUCCACACAAGUGAUACAAGUCUGUGAGAUCUGCAGCUAUACAACGUCAAGCAAACACCAAUACAUCAGACACAAAAGGAAACACAAAGAAGACAAACGGUUCAAAUGCCACUUAUGUAAAUAUUCAGCUAGGCAUAACAUGAGUCUGAUCUACCAUCUAAAAUCCCAUGACAACGGACAGUUUGUGAGUGAUAUGAGUGUGUUUAAGUGUGAAAAGUGUAAUUUCGAGACAGACUACAAAGUGAGUUUGAUGAAACAUAUCCGGAUAUGUUCCUCUAAGUCCAAGAGAUAUAGCUGUGCCAAGUGCAGCUAUGAGACGGACAGACGGAGCGACUUGAAGAGACAUAAAGCGAGAAAACACAACACUGGUAAAGAUGGUGACUAUGAACCACCAGCGUGGGUCACGCGGGCGAAGAAACCAAAAUGUGAUAAAUAGAAGAGAUCAUGACCCGCAACAAUGAGAGAUAUUUCAUUGCAAAAGGUUGAGGGAUGCCAUGGCAUUGCUUUCUCAAUAAAAUCGUCAUCGGAAGGGGUCACUCACGAUCAUUAUGGUAGGAGAUUUCGCCCUCAGCAAUGAGCAUGACCACCCUAAGAUCUCUCUCUCUCUUUUCCCCUUCAUAUUUCCAAGUCCAAUACAAAACGAGACAACAUGAGUUUGAUCUACAGUCUAAAGUAGCACGAUAGCAAACAUUUCAUGCAUGACUAAAGUGUGAAAAGUGCACUUCCGAGUAGGACUCUGUAAAGAGAGUUUGAUGAAACAUAUUCAUACAAAAUGUGAUAUAUAAAAGGGAUUACGACCCGCAACAAUGGGGUUAAUGAUACCAUAAAUUCACAGCAUUACUAAUCCGAUAAAACCCCUAGCUGUAUGGUAGCGACCAUGACCCACAAAAUGAAGGAGACUUCAUUGCAAAAGGUUGAGGGAUCAACCUCUAAGAUAUCCCACCGCAUUAUUAUUACAAUGAAACUCACCAUUAUGGAAGUGGUUAUGACCCUGAGCAGAAAGAGAAAGAAAGUAAAUUGCUGAUGGAUUUGGCAUUCCCUCACAUCAUCAUCACAAGCCGUCACUAUUUUGGAAGGAGUGACGACCCUUAGUAAUGAGUUACCACGUAAGAGACGAAACAUCACAUCUUGUACUACACUGAGGCACUGAAACGGGGGUAUAGAUGAUUUCUUUUCCAGCUUUGUUAUUAUUUUCGGGGUUCCGCACCUCAAUAGAAAAAAGGAACCCUUAUAGGAUCACUUUACUGUCUCUCUGUCUGUUCGUCUGUCGUGUCUGUCAAGAAAACCUACAGGGUAC